GCCACACGUUUAAAACUAGCAAACCAAAACGUUUAAUUGAGCAAGGUGAACACCACACAGUUACUGAUUCAAAUGUAUUCUGCAAUGAGACAAAGAUUUAAAAUGUCCCACGUUGUUUACAGUUGUUGUUGAGAAGUGGCGUACUCGUUAUAAAGUGUACGCGUAGGUGCUCGCUGCGACACAAAAUCUCCCCGAAAACGUUUGCAUUUGAAGUUGUGUCAGACACGAAAACACGAGGGAGAAUGAAGGAAGGGGAGAAGAAGAGUCACGGAGAAGAAAGGAAGAGGGAGAAAGAAUAUUCAGAUAAGUUUUCUAAAACAAUGCCGUUUUGUGAGGAGAACUCUGCAGGUGAAGCAACACAUGAGCGUGGACCCGAGCAGCCGGACAUCAAACAGUCGCCGUUACCAGCGUCUUUCACACUUGUGGUGAAGAUGACUCUGGAGGAGCACAGAGAUCUAACAGCACAGCUGGGGGAGAGAAGACCAUGUCUGGGUUUUGAUGUCCUAAUGAUGCAUCAGUGCAGGGAUAAUAACUCACUUUCUGCUGGUGUGCCAGGGUAAACUGGUGUUCUUGUGCCAACUGUAGGGACAUGCCUGCGGACCAGGAGAGGGAAUUCCGAGGCCAGGUUCCAAUCGAGUUGUAUCAAACUUCACCCCAGGACCCAGCACAAAAGCACCUCCACCCUGAUGUGAACCCACGGUGGACGAUUGCAGCAAGUGCAAUGAGGCCACAGCAAGGGCUCGACCAACAUUGCCUCUUAAGCUUCCAUGCUGUCCUUUCUUCAGUCCAGUGGUUCUGAGAAGCAGAGGGAGAAGGAGCCGCGGACCCACAAAGAAACCUCAUGGGAAAGUGAGUCAUCGCGUAGAUGCUCCCAGACAGGAUGUGAGGAUAUGAUGGACAGUGGAGAAACAUGUGCUGGCACCAAGAGCUUCAUCUGUCUUAUCGAUGACAGUGUCUCUCAGCCCUUGAGAAGUGAUUUACAAGCACAGAUGAGCGUGAGCGUGACUUCAACACACCACCUUUCACCGCAGACUUGCACUUGAUCUCCACCCCCUGAACGUCACAUCUGUGCAGCUCAGCUGUCAAAGACCAUUCAUUCUCUGCUUCACUCUGGACUGACAGCAAACGAUAAAACCUCGCAAUUACGGCGGCGCCUGAACGCAGCACAACGAUCCUGACAUUCGGACUGAGCAGGUGGAAGAAAAAGAGAGAAAAGUGUUAAUCGUGUUAAAUGUCCCACAGAAAGUUUGAAACUGAAACUCUUUUUUCCCCCCUCCCUCUUUAGUACAUAUAUUUAAAAAAAAUAAAGAAAUAAAAGAGAAAAGAGUGUGAGUGGCCUGGUUUCACACAUGGCUCCGUGGGCGGUCUGGCUCCUGUUGGCGCUGUCCGGUGUCCUGGACGUGCGCUCCUGCUGCGCUUAUAGGUGUCCAGUCAUCUGCCGCUGCAGCGCAGACACUUUCCAGUGCAGCAGAGAGACUCAGCUGGCCUACAGGACCCGGCCUGCAGCCGUGUCUCGACUAAGGCUGAUUCAUCUGACCUUGGAAGAAGUGCCCACUCAUGCUUUCAGAGAGCUGGUUAACAUCACCAGAAUUGAGAUUUCCCAGAGUGUCUACAUCACAAAGAUACGGAGACAUGCCUUCCUCUCCCUCCACAGCCUGACACAAGUGUCAGUGCAGAACAUCAAGAGUCUGACGACGAUUGAAAUGGGGGCCUUCACUGAUCUGCCUAUGCUGCAACAUCUGAGCAUCUCCAACACGGGGUUGAUAAACUUCCCAGACUUCACUUCUAUCUUUUCCUUGGCAUUGAAUGUUGUUAUAGAAAUGGUAGACAACAUGGGGAUUGACUUCAUUCCUGCCCAUUCUUUCCAGGGUAUCACAGAGGAGUAUGUUGACCUGAACCUGGUUAGAAACGGCUUCAAGGAAAUAAAAUCACAUGCCUUCAAUGGAACCAAGCUUGGCACAUUAGUGUUGAGAGAAAACAGGCAUCUCAGUCAGAUUGAAGACGACGCUUUUGAGGGAGCCACGGGUCCCAGCUUUCUGGAUGUUUCCUACACAGCUCUGAGUUCCCUCCCAGCUAAAGGGUUGAGUCAUGUGAGGUCCCUGAAAGCCACCUCUGCCUUCGCUCUGAAGAGCCUCCCUCCCAUGGAGAACCUGGCCGAACUGCAGGAGGCUGAGCUCACGUACCCGAGCCACUGCUGUGCCUUCCAGACUUGGCGUGAGAAGGAAAGCGCCUCAAAGAACUCGACAACCGCGUGUGACUUCAUCAAAUCACAAAUGGAGUCCACAAUUGAUGUCGUGGAUCUUAUGGAUGACAUCAACUUUGAGUAUCCAGACCUGCAGCUUGAAUGCUUUAACAACCCGAUCAUCAAGUGCACCCCAAAGCCAGACGCUUUCAACCCCUGUGAAGACCUGCUGGGGUUUACCAUCCUGCGCUGUCUCACCUGGAUCAUUACCAUUUGCGCAGUGUUAGGUAACCUGGCCGUCCUGACUAUGUUGCUAAUUAGCCACCACAAGCUCACCGUCUCCAGAUUUCUCAUGUGUAACCUGGCUUUCGCCGACCUGUGCAUGGGGCUCUACCUGAUGCUCAUCGCCUUUAUGGAUCUCUACUCCCAUCAGCAGUACUACAACCACGCCACAGACUGGCAGACGGGGCCCGGCUGUGGCAUCGCGGGGUUUUUAACCGUGUUUGCCAGUGAGCUGUCAGUGUAUACACUAACCGUAAUUAGUGUUGAACGCUGGCACACCAUCACCAACGCCAUGCAUGUCAACAAGAGGCUGCGUAUGCGCCAUGUUAUGGCCAUUAUGGGGGCAGGUUGGGGUUUGUCUCUGCUGGUUGGCAUUCUCCCACUGGUGGGCGUCAGCAGCUACAGCAAAGUGAGCAUCUGUCUGCCCAUGGACAUCGACACGCUGGCCUCGCAGGUGUAUGUGGUGGCUAUGCUCAUGCUCAACGUUGUGGCCUUCAUUAUCGUCUGCUACUGUUACAUAUGCAUAUAUUUAAGUGUCCAUAAUCCCGAACACUCAACUCGUCACGGAGACACAAAGAUCGCCAAACGCAUGGCUGUGCUCAUUUUCACCGACUUUGUGUGCAUGGCGCCGAUCUCCUUCUUCGCCAUCUCUGCGGCCCUGCGUAUGCCCCUCAUCACCGUGUCUCACUCCAAGAUCCUCCUUAUCCUCUUUUAUCCCAUUAACUCCCUGUGCAACCCUUUCCUUUACACAAUCUUCACACGGGCUUUCAGUAAGGACGUGUGUCUGCUCCUGAGUCGCUGCAGCCGCUGCCACGCCGGCGCGGAUUUCUACAGGUCACAGACCGUGGCGUCACACCUCACCAGUAACCAGAAGAUGACAUCCUCCAGAAAACCUCGCUCCCCUAGUGUUUACGCUUAUCACAUUAAGAUGAAAGGAUGCUUUCUAAAGAAGGGAACCACAUCAACAUAGAGAAUUCUAUUUAAUUGCAUUAUAAUAAAGCAUUUUAUUUAUAAGCACCUUUUGACACUUAAGGGCACUUUACAAAACAAACAAUAGAGAGUAGGCUGUGGGUUUUGAGUCUGGAUUUAAAGAGGGGAAGAGAGUCAGAGUUGUGGAUGUCUGGUGGGAGUGAAUUCCAGAGAAGGAGAGCAGAGCGGCUGAAAGCUCUGAGGCGGGCAGAGGGUACAGUGAGGUGGAUGAAGGAGGAGGAGGAUCUGAGGAAGCGGGAGGAGGUGGUGAUGUGGCGAAGGUCGGAGAGAUAUGGAGGUGUGAGGUUGUGGAUGGCCUUGAAGCCAUGCAGGAGGAUUUUAAAUGAAUUCUGAGAUUGACCGGGAGCCAGUGGAGUUGUUGUAAGAUGGGGGUGAUGUGGUGGAAUGAGGGGGUUCUGGUGAUGAUGUGGGCCGCUGAAUGCUGGACCAGUUGAAGUUUAUGGAGGGAUUUGUGAGGGAGACCAGAGAGGAGAUUGUUACAGUAGUCAAUGGGGGAAGUUACGAUGCUGUAAACAAGGACUGUCUGGGCGGUAAGGGAAGGGCGGAGUCGAUUAACAUUGUGAAAAUGGAAAUAUGCAGACCGGGUAAUGCUAUUGAUGUGGGAUUGGAAUGAUAGUGUGCUGUCGAGGAUGACACCCAGACUCUUAACAUGAGGGAAGGGGGAUGGUGAGGGAACAACUGUCAACUUUAGAUAAUGUGGAUUUGGUGCCAAUAAAGAGGAUUUCUCUUUUAUCACUGUUUAAUUUGAGGAAAUUUGAGGUGAACCAGGAUUUUAUUUCAGAUAAGCAGUUGGUGAGUGAGAGGGGUAGGAGUGUGGAAUUUGGUGAGCUGGAUAAACAGAGCUUGGUGUCAUCCACGAAGCAGUGGAAAUGGAUAUUUCAUUUGUGGAAGAUAUUGCCAAAGGGAAGGAGGUAGAUGAUAAAGAGGAGGGUGCCCCAGGACUGACCCCUGGGGUAUUGACAGGGGAAGGACUGGGAUCUGAAUGAUUUCAGCUGUAUGACCCGAGUCAAGCAGUUAGGUGGAACAGGAAUGGGAAAGAAAAGUGGGCCAUUUUUGUUUCCCAUUCUAACACCUAUGAUGUGUAAAGAUGUAUGAAAUGGUACUUGAGCAAGAAGUGGAAAUCAUUUCUAUUCUUUUCCUUUCAGAGCUUGAGACUUUAAGUUUCAUUGCAAUGACGUCAACGUGAUCAAAUGUACAAUGUGUUGUGGUUUGUUUUUUACAAAAUAGAUUUCUUACUGUGUUAUCUAUUUUAUCUUUGUACUCAGGAGACUCAGAAUGUGGACGUGACAGUUGAAACCAGUGCCUGGUUUAUGAUAAAUGUUACUAGCAUUUAAGAUGUCCUGAUUUCUAGAAUUGAGAUUAUUGAUUAAAACAAUAAGUAUGUA